AAAUUAGUAACGAACAUAAAAAUGUAAGUAUGUAUAUAUACACCCAUGUAUCAUUAAGCUGCUGCUACUACAACAGCUCACAAAUCAUUAAGUUUCAUAACUAUAAUGGCUUCAUCAUCAUCAAUAUCAAAGCACAAGAUUCCAAAAACACUAAUGAUUUUGCUCAUCAUAAACUUCUUAUUCUUAAUUCAUACUACUUCAGCUGAGACCAACUCCAAUUCCAACUCCCACUUUUCAAGAUUCUCGAGACAUCAAAGUUCAUCAUCAAGAACCAAACAAGGGUUUCUUGCAUCGGUCCAAGAGAGUAUGAACCAUGCUCUCUUUGCUCGCUCUCUCGCCUUCAAUCUCACUCUUUCUCAACGUGCCGCACAAGUCCAUAUCAUCGAUCCCGUCCACGACUGCCUUGAGCUGCUCGACGACACACUUGAAAUGUUGUCUCGCAUAACGACGAUGCAAGACACCAUUUCAAGUGAUGACGAUGAAGACGUUCAUACAUGGCUAAGCGCAGCACUCACGAACCAAGAGACUUGUGAGCAGAGCCUUCAAGAAAAAUCCAAGUCAUACAAAAACGGAUUUGAGAUAGAUUUCGUCGCAAGAAACCUCUCUGGUAUGUUGACUAAGUCGCUCGAGUUGUUCGUAUCCGUGAAGUCGAAAAGCCGGAGACUCUUGUCGGAACAGGAGUAUAUUCCGACGUUUGUAACUUCGUCCGAUCGGAGGCUCCUAGAAGCUUCGGUGGAGGUACUGAAGAUUGAUGCGGUGGUGGCCACAGACGGGAGUGGAACCCACAAAACCGUAGGAGAAGCGUUGUUGGCAUCGUCAUUGGCGAGUAGUGGUGGCAGGACCGUCAUUCACCUGAAAGCUGGGACCUACAAUGAGAACAUCAAUAUUCCGACGAAGCAGAAGAACGUUAUGUUAGUUGGUGACGGGAAGGGCAAAACGGUCAUUGUAGGUAGCAGAAGUAAUAGAGGCGGCUGGACUACUUACCGAACUGCCACCGUCGCUGCUAUGGGAGAGGGGUUUAUAGCGCGCGACAUAACAUUCGUGAACAGCGCCGGACCCAAAUCGGAGCAAGCGGUGGCACUCCGUGUCGGAGCAGAUAAAUCAGUCGUGUAUCGUUGCUCCGUCGAAGGAUACCAAGACUCACUCUACACACACUCGAAACGACAAUUCUACCGAGAGACAGACAUCACCGGAACCGUCGAUUUCAUCUUCGGCAACUCCGCCGUCGUAUUCCAAUCGUGCAACAUCGUCGCCCGGAAACCCUUGCCGGGUCAGAGAAACUUCGUGACGGCGCAAGGGCGGAGCAACCCGAAUCAGAACAGCGGUAUCUCGAUUCAGAGCUGCAAGAUCACGGCGCAGUCGACGACUUUUCUUGGCCGACCGUGGAAGGAGUAUUCGAGGACGGUGGUGAUGCAAUCGUUCCUCGACGGUUCGAUUCACCCGUCGGGUUGGUCUCCUUGGUCGGGUGGUUUCGGUCUCAAAACUCUGUUUUACGGGGAAUUUGGGAAUUCGGGUCCCGGAUCAUCGGUUUCGGGUCGGGUUAAAUGGACCGGGUAUCAUUCGUCUUUAACGGUGAAGGAAGCGGAAGGAUUCACUGUCGCCGGUUUCAUUGACGGGGCGAUGUGGUUGCCGUCAACGGGCGUUAGUUUCGACUCUGGCCUUGUGAAGUGAGCUUCUUAUAAUUAAGCUGGUUUGACAAUUAGUAAUUUAAAACUGUUAUAUAGUCAUCUUAUUUGAAUUGUGAUUAUUACAUGUUUAUUAAUUGCAACUGUGUGUUUAAAUAAUCCAUUUGUCUUUCAAUUAUUUGUUUAUGAAAAUGCAACUUAAAAAACAAAGUUGCGAUUGUUACUAGUAUUAAUGUGUUCUGUCUCACCAUUUCUCUAUACAUAUAUGCUUAAAAUUGUCGAUAUUCGGUUCA